AUCUUCGGGUGACGCCGCGUUACGCGAGAGGUGUGCCCGCUGUCCCCACUCCCCGCCCUCGCCGCGCGGCAACGCCGUGCGCGGACGCGGGGCCGUUAAGGCCUAUCCCGGCCGGGCUCUCGAGGCGGGGGGGAGCACCCUCGCCCCGGUGCGGCGCGCCCCAAGCCCGCCUCUCCUCGCCGGGCACCCGCGGGCUGGCCCCGCCCCACUCCCCGCCCUUCCCUUUCAAACCGGGCUCGCGCGGCGGCGCGCGGGGCUCUGCGCGUGCGCGGCGGCCUCAUCGGCUCCCUUGGCGGGCGCGGGGCCUGGGGCCUGAAGGCGGCGGCGGUGGCGGUAGUCCGCGCUGAGGGGACGCGCGCCGCGCCCGCCCCGCUGCCCGUUCGCAGCCCGUUCGCCCGCUGCAGCGGCUACGAGGAUCAGAAAUGACUACCCCAAACAAGACACCACCUGGUGCUGAUCCAAAGCAGUUAGAGAGGACUGGUACUGUUAGAGAAAUAGGCUCACAAGCAGUUUGGUCUCUUUCAUCCUGUAAGCCAGGAUUUGGAGUGGAUCAGUUACGAGAUGAUAAUCUAGAAACUUACUGGCAGUCAGAUGGAUCACAGCCUCAUUUGGUGAACAUCCAAUUUAGAAGAAAAACAACAGUGAAGACGUUAUGUAUUUAUGCAGACUACAAAUCUGAUGAAAGUUACACUCCAAGCAAAAUAUCUGUCAGAGUAGGAAAUAAUUUUCAUAAUCUACAGGAAAUCCGGCAACUUGAAUUAGUGGAACCAAGCGGCUGGAUUCAUGUUCCUUUAACAGAUACUCAUAAGAAGCCUAUUCGCACGUUUAUGAUUCAGAUUGCUGUUUUAGCUAAUCACCAAAAUGGAAGAGACACUCACAUGAGACAAAUCAAAGUGUACACCCCGGUGGAAGAGAGCUCUAUUGCUUAAAAUCACAUUUUGUCGGAUUUGGCUGUUAAUAAAAGCUUAUGGUGGAAUCAAGCGCUCUGUCCAUCCAGUGAAAAUAUGAACAGGACCACACAAAAUGCUUCCACUGUGUCAUUUCUUUUACUGCUGUUCCAUUAAAAUAGACUCUUUGCCAUAGAACUUACUUGUCAUUUCCCGCUUCUCAAAAAUAUCACAAGUAGUGUAGCUGCUGAAGCUUUUCCACUUCUAGCUUUGGUAUCUACUUGACUUGUAUUUGCAGAAGAUCCCUUUAUGUUCCUCCCUGUCAUUUCUUUUCAACCACAUACACUACUGGAUCUUAAAUAUACCAUAUUAAAUGCAGGUUUUGGCUAGUGCUGCUUACAACUAAACUGACACUAGUCAGUGUCAUACUUACCUUGGUUUGUCAUCAGUAAUUCCAGAAAGAAAGCUCUUUUGAUCUUAAUGCAUGUAUUCUAGUGUCCAUGUCUACUUUAGCGUUUACUGAGAGAAAUUCUUGAAUUGUAUCUUCUUCUGGUUACAGUAUGCUUUUUCUGUCUCUUGGAUUUUAUAGCUUACUGAGCUCCACUGAAGCAAGAAGGAAGUCUUUAACUUUAUGGGCAUUUGUUGAGCUGGAUAAUUAGCUUAUCUUGUUUGUAUGUUUGUGCAAUCUCCUAUAACAUGGCCCUGUGUCAUUAUCAUGUCUGCUGGGCUUUCUUAAAUCAUAAAAAUCAUGGGUGUAUUCUUAUUCGGCUUCCUUGAUUCAAAACUGCUUUUGUUUCAUCGGACAAUGGGGUUUCCCCCACUUUUUUACAAAGUAUGAGUAAUUCUUUAACGAGUGUUUGCAGUACCCCUGAGGUUUUUCUGUUACUUUUCUGGAGGCAAGUGCAUAAGUAGGAUUUGUUUAGAAAGCAGAGGAACUGGUUUAGUAGAGAAAUAUUUUAUGAUUUCUGCUUCAUAUGCACUAAUGAAAAUUCACAAAAUUUCUUUGAAUGUCAUCUUAAAACUCAAAAAUGUAGGUAAUGAUACCUUCAAAUGCCUUAAAAUAGUAAAAUGCCCAGCCAGUAGUGAACCAGAGGUCUAGGAUGAGUUGUUGUCAUAUGAAUUUAUUAUUCAGUACCAUCAACUUUGGUAUUUCCUUUGGCAUUAUAUCACCUUCAGUGUAGGUAGAUGGAAUUAAGAUGCUCUCUAUAAGGCCCAACUGUAGUCUCAUGAUUCAGAGAUGGUCUCCCAAAUGAUAAGAAUACAUGAGAUUGAUGUCAUAAUAGGGCUACAAUUCUAUUCUGGUGUUAAUACACAGUAAAACAUUAGAAGUGAUGUUAACAUCCUUAAGAAAUGUUUUUGGUUUAAGCACCAUUCGGCAUGCAUUUUAGUUUGCAAAUUGACUUACUUCACCUUUUUAAAUUCCUGGGAUCAAAGAACAGUGCUCACUUGCUCCUACAGUUGAUGAAUACUU